CAAAGGUGUCCGCUGGGGCAGGCCCAAAAGCGAGGGUGCGCCCGCUAGCGGCCGAUCGGCAGGGGAAUAGCGUAAUUCCCCACUCUUAGAGCUGCACGCGCGCUCGGCGGCGCUCCCAGUUGCCCGUGCGAGGACUUUGGGGCUGCCCAUCUGCUCUCCAGCAGACAGAGCGAGGCUCCGCGCUGCCCCGGUUGCGCGUGUUGAGCUGAGCACUAGCCGAAGACGAUGAGGACCAUGGGCUCCCGGCGCUGGUACAGCGUGCUGCUGCUGGCGGCGAUCUCAAACGCCCAGGACCCGACGAAGAUGCCCGUCCCAAAACCCACCGACGUGCCGACGUCCGUGCCGACGAGCGAGCCCACGGCCGAGCCGACGGGCAAGCCGAGCCGCGAUCCUACUUCUCUACCGACGUCUGAGCCUACUAAAACGCCGACGAGUGCGCCGACAAAAACGCCGACCACCGCGCCCACCUCAAAGCCGUCCAUCGUGCCCACGUCAACGCCGACGUACCUCCCGACCGGCGUCCCGACGGGCAAGCCGUCGGCCGUGCCCACGUUCUCGCAGCCGCCCUCGGGCUCGCCCACCAGCAAACCGACGGGCGUGCCGACGGCGCAGCCGAGCGGCCUGCCGACCGUCGACCCGACGAUCGCGCCUACAUAUGAAACGUGGAUGCCGUCGCAAGUCCCCACGGGCAAGCCCUCCGGCGUGCCGACGUCCGCGCCGACGGCGUCGCCGCCGCCCUCGGAGGCGCCGACCAUCGUACCGACGUCGUCACCCACACCGCUUCCCUCAUUGCCGCCGACGUCGUCCGUGCCGUCGUCGGCGCCGACGAAGUCUCUCCUCACAUUGGAGAUCUCGAUGUUUAUCGAUCCGCACGAGGAGCCGACGCCCUUCCCGUCCGCCGUGCCGACGGCGGACCCGAGCUUCGCGCCGACGUCAUUGCCGAGCCACGGGCCGUCCGUGCCCCCUACCAGUGUUCCGUCGUCGUCGCCUACCUCAGAACCGACGGCCGCGCCUUCAUCAGUACCUACAUCACUACCUUCCUCAAAGCCGUCCGCGACGCCUACCGGCGAACCGACCGCGCUGCCGACCGUGGUACCGACGCCGACGCCGACCGGCGUCCCCACAUCGGUACCGACGCAUGACCCGACCGAGGCGCCGACGUUCAGCCCGACCUCGGUACCCAGCUCGGCUCCAACAAACGUGCCCAGCUCGACGCCCUCCAAAACCCCGACGACGGUGCCGACGCCGGCGCCGACCUACGAGACGGACGGCCCGACCGGCGUGCCGACGUCCAAGCCGACGUCCGAGCCGACCUUUACGCUCUCACCGACGAGCGUGCCGACGGGCGCACCCACCAAAGCGCCGACCAAUGUACCUUCCAGUGUACCGACGUCGGCGCCAACCUCAGAACCGACGAAGGAGCCGACCGGUACCCCGACGUCCGAGCCGACCCACGUGCCGACGACGGAGCCCACGGCCGUGCCGACUCCGUCGCCUAUACCAGUACCGACGCGCGUGCCGACGACCGUGCCCACGGCGCUCCCGACGUCGACGCCGACGUCGCCGCCGUCGCGACCCCCGACCAUCGGCCCCACGCACGUGCCCACGUCGUUUCCUUCAGGGGAGCCGACCGGCGUCCCCACGACGACGCCCACAUCCACCCCAACGGCCGUGCCCACCUCGAGACCCUCGUCGAUCUCGACGAUCCUGCCGUUCGGCAUCCACUACUGCCAGGAUUAUGUCGCGUUCGACAUGGAGCAGUACUACAAACCCGUCAUCCAGGAGAUUACGAGGGCCCAGAGCGUGCCCUCGGUCACGUGCCAGUCCAUCGGCACGCACCCUGGUGUUCAUGCGGGCGCGCCGGGCGGCUGGAACGGGCCUUCGAGCGUCGCGCCCGAGGGCAAGUGGGAUAAUGAUACCGCGGUCUUGAUUGCGGUGACGAACUUCUACGCCACGGACGAAAUAGAUAGAGAUGAUCCCAGUAAAGCGUCGACGGUCUUCGAGGUCGGCGACAACGUGACCUGGCGCAUGAACCGGGCCAUCUUCAAGUCUGUAAAUCAACACCAGGCGACCUUCAACCGCAAGAUGAAGAUGCGCAUUCGGAAUUCUUUUGGUGGCUCUCGGACGCGAAAGAGGCAAUUAUCCGACGCCGCGCAAGCGCACGUCGCGUCGCUGGACGGCAGGACGGCUCGGAACUUGCAGGGUGCCCAGUACGAGAUGGACUACGCGUAUAACGCGUCCUCUGCGUUGCAUUUCGUCGACGCGGCGAACAUCACGUGGGUGACGACCGAGGUCGUGGGAAGCAUCGCGCCCUCCGGCGUGCCGACGGCCGACCCCACGGCCACGCCGACCACGCCUCCCUCCCCAGAACCCACGGGCGUGCCCACGGGCACGCCCACGGCCCUGCCCACGACGCUACCUAGUCCGCUCCCCACACCCUACCCGACGGCCAUGUGCCCUUCGUGGGCGACGCGCGAGGGCUGCGCGCCGAACUGCUUGUGUUGCGCGUCCUAUUCCGAGGCCAAGUACCGGAAACCGCACGAGUCUUUUUAUAACGAACACAUGGAAAAGGACUUCAACCCCGCCGAGCCGGACCAGUGCCUCAUGUGCGACCACGGGUUCGAGUGCCAGGAGACGGGCGGCGACGGCCAGAGGGACGGCGACGGCACCUGCGUGGAGAAGGCCGACUACGCGUACGAGGGCGAGAACAUGUGCGACUGGUGGAAGUGGGCCUACCGCUACGGGCCGAACAAGACCGAGUCGGGCCCCUACGCGACGAACUGGAAGACGGGCCACGCCUACGCCGAGGACGGCAGCCUCCCGAAGAAGUGGUACUCGAUCAACGGCAAGAACUGCUCCAAGUGGGACGUCGACGUCGUGAGCACGGACAAGUGCAAGGGCCUCUUCCACUACUGCAACGAGACGCACUGCGACGAGUCCACGGCCUCGGGCCACAAGACCCUGAAGCACGACCGCGAGGGCACGAUCUGCUACUCGGACUACCGCGCGCCGGACUUUGUGGGCUACUGCUCCUACGAGGUCGGCCCGUCGCACUGCGCGCGCUGCGUCGAGGGCGCCUGCGGCAAGGGCGCCUGCGUGCAGGCCUCCCUGGGCUUCGAGCUCGGGGGCGCCGCCGCCGACAAGACGCCCGAGGAGCUGACCGCCGACCCAAUCUUCACGGGAGGCCUCAAGAAGUCGAUCGCCGAGGCGUGCGACUUCGCGGCGCUGGGCCUGGAUGAGGACAACAUCAAGGACCUCGUGAUCAGCUACGGGCGGCGGCGGCUCGAGGUCGACGAGGCCGGGGGCGCCGUCGAGCAGCGCCGGCUGCAGACGGCGUUCUCCGUCACGUACACGAUCGUCUACGACCCCGACGUCGUGGAGAUCUCCGUGGACACGAUCGCCCAGACCGUCACGGCGGCCGCGGAGGAAGCGAUCGACGAGGGAAGCUUCAUCGCGGCGCUCGACACGGCGAUGGCCGAAGUCGCGCAGGAGCUGUUUGACGCCGGAGUGAUCACCCUGGCAGAACAGACUGCGGCCGUCACGGCGUUCGUCGGCGCGGUCGUCAUCACGGAGACGACCGUGACCGUCAUCUCGACGGAGGCGCCGACCUUCUGGUCCGACACGGAGGAGAACAUGGAGCCGGUGAUCGUCUCGCGGCGCCAGGGCGGCGUCGCGGUCUCCGAAUUGCCGGCGUGCGGCUGCGACGACGACACGACUGCGUAGUGGUUACGGCCUUCCCCGUUCCCCCUGCUGUAAUUACUUUCGUGGUUUU